AACUCAAGUCAAGCCGCAUGCCGCCUCUAUUUUUGCAUGCCAAGCCCUUACUUGGCUUGACGUGUGCCAGAUAGCAACGAGUUUGGUUGUGUUAGCUCAUCUUCUCCUAUUCAUCCUCUUACAUUAUCCCACUCAAUCAAAAUUUCCUAAGGUUCCUCCUCUAUUGCCCCUUCCCCCCAAUCUUUCAAUUACUUCGAUGGAAUUGCCACUGUCGGCGCCGGAUUCUGGUGGCAGGACGGUAUCAUACAAGUUGGAGACAAAGAACUUGUCCUACAAACUGGGCACCAAGUUUGAUGAGUUCUCUUGGCUCUUUCACAACAAGACGCGAAACUCAAGCGCAAAGUUCAUUUUGAAGGAUGUGAAUUGUGAGGCAAGGCCGGCCGAGAUCACUGCCAUUGCUGGCCCUAGCGGGGCUGGCAAAACCACCUUGCUUGAAGUCCUAGCCGGGAAAGUUUCACUGGGCCGAGUGUCCGGGGAAGUUCUAGUUAACAAUCAGCGGAUCGAUCCCAAGAGCUUUCAGAGGCUAUCCGGUUUCGUUCCCCAAGAUGAUCCGCUGUUUCCUUCGCUGACUGUGGAGGAAACGCUCAUGUAUAGCGCACUUUUCAGGCUUCAUGGAGGCAAAAAAGAGGCUGUUGCUAGAGUGAGGGCACUAAUGAAGGAGCUUGGCUUGGAUCAUGUCGCAAGAACGAGAAUAGGUGGUAAGUCAUCCAACAGAGGGAUCUCGGGUGGGGAAAAACGUAGGGUGUCGAUUGGGGUGGAACUAGUCCAUGACCCGGCAGUGAUCUUGAUCGAUGAACCGACAUCAGGACUGGAUUCAGCCUCGGCUCUUCAUGUUGUGAAGAUGCUCAAGCUCAUGGCACUUUAUCAAGGUAAGACAAUCAUAUUAACCAUUCACCAACCUGGGCAUCGAAUCCUUGAGCUGUUUGACCGAGUUGUUUUGCUUUCGGGUGGGUUUGUUAUUCAUAAUGGUCCUCUGUCACGUCUGGAAGAGAAGCUUAGAUUCGCUGGUUUGGGCAUGCCGUGCCAUGUCAAUGUGCUUGAAUACGCCAUUGAUGGUAUAGAAUACUUGGGUGUAGAAGCUCAUAGCAACCAGCAUUUUCUCCAAGGAAACGCUAAAGAUGGUCGUGAAAACGAGGCAUCUGAAACCGGGAUUGUAUGGUCCUAUAAAGGAAAAGAGAAGCUAUUCUCGUAUCCGAACUCUUGGUUCAAAGAGAUUCUAAUACUGGGGCAAAGAUUUUGCAGAAACAUUUUCAGGACGAAGCAGCUCUUUGCCACAAGGGUAAUACAGGCCCUUGUGGCUGGGUUUGUGCUCGGCACCAUUUUCCUUAACGUCGGGGACAAUCUAGGAGAAGUUGCUCUACAAACUCGGCUCGGGUUUUUCGCCUUCAGCCUAACCUUCUUGCUCUCUUCCUCAACAGAAGGCCUACCCAUUUACCUGCAAGAAAGAAGAAUUCUGAUGAGGGAGACUUCAAGAGGAGCUUACAGAGUAUCCUCUUACGUUUUUGCAAAUAUCAUUGUCUUCCUUCCAUUUCUUUUAAUGGUGGGUUUCCUCUACUCGAUCCCGGUUUAUUGGCUGGUCGGAUUUGAGAGAAGCGCAGAUGCAUUUUUCUACUUCUCGCUCGUGGUUUGGUUGGUUCUCUUGAUGUCCAAUUCUUUCGUAGCCUGUUUCAGCGCUCUCGUGCCAAAUUUCAUCAUGGGGACGUCGAUUAUCGCUGGACUGAUGGGAUCCUUCUUCCUCUUUUCCGGUUAUUUCAUAUCAAAGGAGAGAAUCCCUAGGUACUGGAUUUUCAUGCAUUACAUGAGCUUGUUUAAGUACCCAUUUGAGUGUUUCAUACUGAAUGAAUAUGGAGAUCUGGAAGGGAGAAACAAGUGCUUGGAGUCUGAGAAUGGAGAAUGCAGCUUAUAUGGAAGUGAUUUCCUGAGACAGCAAGGAUUAAAUCAAUCAGAGAAGUGGACCAACAUAGCCGUGAUGUGCGGCUUCAUUGUCGGCUACAGGGUCCUUUGUCUUCUCAUCCUGUGGUACAGAUGCUACAGGACAAGAAACUAGUCAUAUCAAGAAGAGAUUGUUUUCUAGCCAUUCUUUCAUGUUACAAUUCCUAAACUUAUCAAUUUGUUCAUGAUAUUUGUAGCCACAUGUUGAUAUGUUGCAUAAACUUGACGUAAGUAAAAGCUUGCCUUGUAUGAUUCAAAUUAGUGCAUAAACUUGACUUGGGUUGA